AAUAAUGAAAUCACUUCUAUUCUACACUAUAACAAAUCUCGAAGCAUUUAUAUUUUGUUAUGCUGGAGAAUAUUUGAACAACAAGAGUAAAGAAAUUGGGGUCGCGGCGUACAACUGUGAAUGGUACGAUUUGAAAUCUACUGAAAGUCGAAUCUUGUUAUUUAUCAUAUUGAGAUCGCAAAAACAAUUGACACUCACGGUAGGAAAGAUGAUGGAUCUGUCUUUGCAAGCUUUUACAAGCAUCAUGAAUGCUUCGGGUUCAUAUUUAUCAAUGCUGUUGGCGAUGCAAUGAACGAGGGUCAAUAACUUUUAAGUAAUUAUAGAAAAUAUAAAUUAUUCCUAAUUCACUAGUUAUAAAAACGCACAUUGUACUAC